AUGCUCCCGGCACAGGCUGUGCUGUCAUCAUCAGAUACGUCGGCACGGACGUGCGUUUCCGAGUCGUCGGCGGAUACCAUCGAGUCUGCUCCGGCUGUACUUGUGGCCUCGCCCGUGGGCACGCCGCGAGGCGCCGAAGGCCCAGCAGGGGCAGGUGAUGGGCGUGGCGAGGUGGUCAGGAUGGCUGACACCGACAUUGAGUGGCUAGAGACGGUGCGGACGGGCCUGCUCCCGCUGCGACCGCGGCCGCAGGGCUCUUUCGCAGCCGCGGUGGCGUCCGAGAUGCGGCAUGGAGUUGGGCGAGCCGGGCUGGUGGCGGUGGUGGCGGCCAGCACGGCUGGGAUCAUCGAGCUCCUGCUCUCGUUUGCGUCUGUGGUCAUUGACGGCGCCUCGCUGCUCAACGUGGCGCUGUUCUCGCUCAUUUCACUCGGGGUCGUCUUUGGAGUCAACUCGCUCUGGACCUCGCUCGGCCACCGGUCGCUGGUCCGGAUCCGGGCGGCCGUCGUCAUCUUUCUCUUUCUCUUUGCGCUUUGGCUCUGGCGAUUCCUCAUGUCGUGGCGGUUUCAAGUUGUCGAGUGCGACAAGGUGCAGCGCGACGAGAGAACCGGCGACAAGGCACACUCGGAUGCCGACGUCACGUUCUGCACCACUGCGUACGGCUCGUUUGUCAUUGUCUGCUCGAUCCUAACCACCAUCUGCUCGCUGGUUGUCAUGUCAAGCCUGGAGGUCUUCCGCUCGCGGCUGCUCGCGCUCAUUCAUCUGGAGCAGGCCAUCCUGUUCGGGGCGUCGAUCGAGAACAUCGACCUCUCGUUUGCACGGACCGAGGAGAUGCGGCGGCAGAUUGUGCGGGCCAUUACCAUGGCUCGUUCGCAGGUCGCACCCAUGGUCCUUCAGCGCGCGCCGCUGCUGCAGCUCUCGACAGAUGACGACGACGAAGGCUACCUCCAGGGAGCCGACGCCGAGGCCGUGCCAACGCCGACACCUGCGCCCGAAUGCAUCGUCUGCUUUGACGCGCAGCAGAACACGGUCCUGCUCGACUGCGGCCACUCGGCGACCUGCCUCGACUGCGCGCGCCAGGUCUCGCUCUGUCCGCUCUGCCGGGCACCGAUUCUCGGCAUGGUCGUCCGUCCGGCCGUCAUGGCCGCCGAUGAACUGUCGUCCGACUCGGGCUCGGGUGCCGCGAGCCGGUCGCCGCCGCCGGUGACCCAGCUCGCGGCGUUGCCGUGCCGCGUCUGCAGCGCCUGUGCCCGCCGCGAGUCUAUCAACCUCCCCUGCGGCCACCGGACGUACUGUCACGCGUGCGCGGCCGAUGUCCGGAACCAGAUCCAGCAUGGUGCCGCUCGCCAGUGCCCACGCCCGUCGUGCGGCCGUGAUCUCGCCCGCAUCGUUGAUCUGUACGACUAG